AUGAAGUACAUUUUUUUGUUUGUUAAUCCUACUUCGGGGGGAAACAAAGCCUCGAUAUUUACAGAAUUUGGAGUAAAUGAGAUAAUAUUUCACAAACCUCACAAAUGUCACUUUUUUAUAUACAACAUUUUAGAAGGAGAGAAAGGAAAGAAGCCAGGAUUUAUUAACCUAAGUAAUAUUAUGAAUAAUCAUAAUAAGUAUGAAAGUAAGGGUUUUUCGGCUAGUUCGCUUAACAACAAAAGUUUUAGUAUGACAAAUGAUAAGAUAACAUGUGGAAAUGAAAAGAAAGAAAUGGAAGGAGAGGGUAUAUUAAAUGGAUCUUCGAAAGUUGAUGAAGAAGAUAAAAAUAUAUAUAAUAGUAAAAACAAUAAUAAUAAUAUGAAUUAUUUUAAUAAUAAAAAAAUUGAGACAAAAAAAACUUUAGGACAUAAAGAUAUUUUUGUCUACGUUUUGGUUGCUGGAGGUGAUGGAACAGUUAAUUGGGUUCUUAAAGAAGCUGAGUAUUAUAAUAUUAAUGACAAUAAUUUUGCUAUCGGUGUUAUACCCUUUGGUACUGGUAAUGAUUUUGCUAAAGCAUUUGGCUGGAAAAAAAUUGAUAGAAUGCUAAAUCAUUCUUUUUUAUUUGAUGUUCUAAAAAAGAUUGUGGAUCAAACAUUUAAAUCAAAAGUUGAAAAACAUGAUUAUUGGAAUAUCCAUGUUGUAUUAAAAGAGCAAGGAUAUUUUAAUAAAAUUAAUUCAAGAACAAAAAAGAAAGAAACUUUAUUAAAUGAUGAUAAAGAAAAUUUACAUGAAAUGAAAUUAUGUAUGAGUAAUUAUUUUAGUAUAGGUAUAGAUUCACGUAUAGGUAGAGGAUUUGAAAGACAUAGACAGAAAAGCGCAGUGUGUAAUAAAUUUAUAUAUGCUGUUGAAGGAUUUAAAAAAGUUUCUUUUAAAAAAAAUACACCAAUAAAUUUAAUUAUAGAUAAAAUGAUUAAUAUGGAUAAUAAUAAUGAUAAUAAUGAUAAUGAUAAUAAUAUUGAUGGUAAUGAUAAUAAUAAUGAUGGUAAUGAUAAUAAUAAUGUAAUUUUCACGACGAAUCAUAACGAAUCAUAUCCUUUAUUAAAAAAAGCUAUGAGUAUCAUAUGUAUUAAUAUACCUUCUUAUUCUUCGGGUAACGAUAUAUGGAAUUAUACACACAAAAUUGGAUUAAUCCUACCGAAAAAUAUUACGAAUGAUCAAAAAGAGCAAUACCAAAUAUUAAAAAAAACAAAACAAGAAGUAGGAGAUGGAAUAUUAGAAUUUGUUAUAUACCAAUCUGGUGUAGAUCUAGGAUUAGAAUUCACCUUGAAAGGUAGAGCUUAUAGAGUUCAUCAAGGAUUUGGACCAUGGAAAUUACUUUUCAAGGAACAAAAAUAUAAUGUUUACUUUCAAGUUGAUGGAGAGUACUACCUUAUGUCCCUACCAGAUUAUAUAUCUAUUGAGCAUUAUAAAAAGAUAAAUGUCUUGAAAAAUAUUUUGUAG